AUGUUCAAGAACAAGAAGCUGCGACAGCAGCUCCACAACGACGUGUUUUUCGUGUCGAAGAUCAGCGGCGUCUUCCACCACGCUUUAAACUCCGUCUUCGAAGCGCUCACGCAGCGCUACACGGACCUCGGCGAGGGCGAGGUGAUGAAAUGGUUUUCUUCAGAGUACUUGGAGAACGGCGCGUGGACGCGCGCGGAGCUGCCGCCGGGCUUCCCCAAUGACACGAACACGCUCGAGGCCUCCAACAAGACGCUCAAGGAGCAGUGCACGGAAUAUACGAUGAAACCCGUCCUCGCCUUCCUCUCGGACAUCUUCGCCUACGUGCAGGACAAGAGCCAGCUCAACGCGGAGUUCGCGUACGACGCGCCGCCGUCGACGCCGCAGACGAAGCUGGCGAAGGACGCGACGGCGGUCCUGAGCUCGGUGCAGCUCCUCAAGGGCGUCGAGGUCUCCUACGACAUCCUCACCUCGGGGACCCACCUCACGUCCAUGCUCCUCAUCAUCGGCGUCAAGCCGGACCUCGCGGCGCCGCCCGUCGCGUUCAUCUCCGACGCGACCUACGUCGACAUGCUCCGCGCGCUCGACACGAACGACAAGGAGGCCUGGACGACGGAGGUCGACCGCCGGCUCGCACCGUUCGUCGGGCUCGCGACGGGCGACGCGUCGUCGUCGUCGGGCCGCGGCGCGCGCGCGCCGUCGUGGGGCGCCGUCACCGCGGCCCUCGACGCGGGGAUUUUGCUAGUCCCGCUCGAGGGCGGCAACUUCUUCUGCACCUGCGGCGACUACCAGCACAGGGGCGUGUGCAAGCACGCCCUCGCGUACAAGUCAGCAACCAACCACACGACUUGCAAAGCAAGAAUGUGCAAGCCCGACAUGGACAAGCAGCUCAAGCCCGACAACAAGCCCGACAUGGAGCUCAGCGUCCACUUCCGCAACCUGUCCGUGCGGUUCAAGGACGUCGUCGCCCUCGCGCCGUGCAGCGGCGACGUGCCGGCGGGCGAGCUCACGGCGCUCAUGGGCCCCACGGGCUGCGGCAAGACGAGCCUGCUCAACGCCAUCGCGCGGCGCGGCCCCGUGAGCGGCGGCAGCGUCUGGUACGGCGCGGACCUCGCGUGGUCGAGCGCGCUCAAGCGCCACGUCGCGUUCAUCGAGCAGGACGACCUCGUGUUCCCGGGCCUGACCAUCCGCGAGACGCUCGUCUUCUCCGCGCGGCUCCGCCUCGCCGACGCGACGCUCGCGGAGAAGCUCCGGCAGGUCGAGGAGUGCAUCGAGCUCCUGCGCCUGUCGCACUGCGCGGACGCCAUGGUCGGCGGCGGCAUGGACCGCGGCGUGUCCGGCGGCGAGCGGAAGCGCCUCAUGGUGGGCCAGGAGAUGCUCACGAACCCGCGGCUGCUCUGCUGCGACGAGCCGACGUCCGGCCUCGACUCCACGACGGCCUGCGUCGUCGUCGAGGCCCUCCGGGAUCUGGCGAAGGCGCGGAACGUCGCCGUCGUCGCGUCCAUCCACCAGCCGUCGAGCCGCCUCUUCCUCCUCUUCCACGGGUUGCUGCUCCUCGAGAAGCGCGGGUUGGCCUACCGGGGCCCGACGGCGUCGGCGGGCGACGCCUUCGCGGGCGCGCCCUUCGGCCUGCCGUGCCCGCCGGGGUUUUCCGCGCCGGACUGGAUGAUGGAGGUCGUCGUCCGCGGCGAUCUCGCCGGGGACGCGGCGGUCGCGGCGCUCGACGCCGCCUACGGCCCCGGGACCCUCUCCCCGCCGCCGGCGCUCCGCGCGCUCGACGCGCCGGCGCGGCGCCACCGCUACGCGGCGCCGCUCUCGGAGCAGGCCGCCGUGCUCUGCGCGCGCGCGUGGAAGGAGGUGAAGCCCAAGAUCUUCCAGCGGACGUCGCUCCAGCUCCACGUCGGCAACGCGACGAUCGGCGGGCUCAUGUGGUUCCAGCUGGGGUACCGGGAGAGCGAUAUCUGGUCUCGCUACUCGCUCGCCUUCGCCGUGCCCAUCGCCUGGGUCUUCUUCCCGCUCAUGGACAGCCUCGGCUUCGUGCCGACGGCGGAGAUCAUGCUGCGGAAGGAGCUCUCCGUGAACUCGUUCCGCCUCGAGGCCUGGUACCUCAUCCAGACGACGUACCUCCUGCUGCCCAUGUUCGCGCAGUCCAUGAUCUACUUGAUCGUCUUCUUCGCGCUCUCGGGCGUCUCCACGAACCCGCUCGUCUUCGUCGCGCUCUACGCCGUCGUCGUCAUCGCGCUGCUCACGUUCCAGUCCAUCGGCCUGCUGCUCUCGGCCGCGGUCAAGCCGGAGAACCUGUCGACGUGCGCCAUGCUCUUCGUGACCUACUGCUUCCUCUUCACGGGCUUCUUCAUCCGCCUCGACGAGACGGCCGUGCCCUGGGCGGCGUUCUGCAACCCCGUCUUCUACAUCCUCCACCUGGCGGUCUGGUCCGUGUUCAGCAUCGACAACAAAAGGUUCAAGUGCGGCAACGACACGGACGACGAGGGCACGAUCUACGUCGACUCGUGCGGCGGCGGCGCGGACCGCAACGACGGCAAGAUCGCCGUCGUCGAGAUCUACAAGCAGUACGAGCUCCGCCGCUUCGAGCCGGCCAUCGCGGUCCUCGCGCUCCUCCUCAUCUUCCUCGUCGCGCGCCUCGCGGCCUUCGUCCUCCUGAAGCGGCGCAUGAAGAGCCACUUCAAGAAGCUCCUCUCCUACGAGGAGGGCAAGGGCGCCGACGCGGAGAAGCCGCCCCUCAACGCGCGCAAGAGCGUCCUCUCCCGCGCGGAGCCCGAGGCCGUCCUCCUCGCCGACGACGCCGAAUCCAAGGAGAGCGCGUGAAGCACCCCUGUCUGCUGCCCAUAAAGUGCCUGUUUGCCUG